AGUCCGUGUAGUGCUGCUAGGAGAUGCCAGUUAUCGGGAUUGGCUGGAAUGCUUGGACGAUUAAAUCAUGUCGCUAUCGCUACUCCAGACAUCGAGAAGUCUUCGAAAUUUUACAAGGAUCUUGGUGCUAAAGUUAGCGAUAAAGUGGCACAACCAGAACAUGGCGUUUAUACGGUGUUUGUCGAAUUUCCAAAUACUAAACUGGAAUUAUUAUAUCCGCUCGGAGAAAAAAGUCCUAUUAAAGGAUUUUUAGAAAAGAAUAAAACUGGUGGAAUUCAUCAUAUUUGUAUUGAAGUCAAAGAAAUUAAUAAGACAGUAGAAGAAGUGAAAAAAAUGGGAAUCAGAACAUUAGCCAAGGAGACUUCGAUUGGCGCUCAUGGUAAACCAGUAAUGUUUCUUCAUCCAAAAGAUUGUGGUGGAGUUCUCGUUGAAUUAGAACAAGAGUAA